AUGUUCUGCUUACAGUGUCGGGCCAUGCCCUCCGCGCUGAGAACCGCCGUUCGGUCCCAGACACUCAGACUCUCCACUCAGACCCUCAGCGCCUCCGCCUCAUCACCCCUCCGUACCUUCUCCUCCGCCAUCCGUUCACAACCCACCGUGUUGACACAGAGCCUCCCCUCCUUCCGCUCAUCCCUCCCCUCCGCCUCUCCAUUUUCCCUCGCUUCGACACAGCAGACCCGGUCCUUCUCCGCCAGUGCGUCUCUGGCCGGUAAGCGGGCCACGUACAACCCCUCGCGACGAGUGCAGAAACGCCGUCACGGAUUCCUUUCCCGGCUGCGGACGCGUGGUGGGAGGAAGGUCCUCAUGCACCGGAGAGCAAAGGGCAGAAAGUCUCUGAGUUGGUAG